AUGUCGAGUGGUGAGAAGAGAAAGUGGGAAGGGCCCUACGCACCAUCCAAAAAGCCAAACCAUUUUGGCAACAACAAUCGCGGAGCCCAUCCCAAACAAGAGCCAAGGUGGUGUCCCAAGUGUCGCAGCAAACAUCACGGCCCGUGUAGCACCAACUCUACCCCCACCAAAUGCUUUAAGUGUGGGAAGGCAGGCCACACGCGAAACGAGUGCCCAAUCAAGGGACCCAUAUGUUUUGAAUGCGGGGAACCGGGCCAUUUCAAGAGUGACUGCCAAAAGUUGAAAACAGGUGGGAGUCAAGGGAGAAAGGAGGGCGCCCCGAAAGCAAUCGGUCGGGCCUUUCAGAUGUCGAGAGAAGAAGCUAAGGCGUCGGCGGAUGUAGUGUCGGGUACGUUCCUUGUUAACUUUGUACCUGAUCACGUACUUUUUGAUUCGGGUGCUUCAUGUUCCUUUGUGUCCACUGCAUUCUAUCAACACUUGCUUAGGCCACCUAGUACACUAGAGGAUGCGUUAAUAAUAGAGAUAGCAAAUGGUAGUCAAGUUUUGGUGCACGAAAUUGUUAGAGGUUGUGUUUUAGGGAUUGAAGGAAAGGAAUUUCGGGUGGAUCUCAUACCCAUGGCUAUAGGCGGAUUCGAUGUCAUUAUUGGGAUGGACUGGUUGGUAGAGAACCAAGCGGAAAUCUUAUGCUCUAAAAAGCUGAUCCGAAUCCCUUUACCAGAUGAGGAUGCUGUGCUAAUUUACGGAGAAGGAAGGAAAGGAAAUGUAGUACUCUUGUCCACAGCAAAGGCACGUAAGUGUCUAGCUAAAGGAUGUUCCGCAUUCAUCGCUUAUGUACUGGAUACCAAGCUAGGAAAAAGGGGAAUUGAAGAUGUGAAUGUGGUUAAUGAAUUUCUCGACGUAUUCCCUAAAGACUUACCUGGCUUACCACCUGAUAGACAGGUGGAGUUCCAAAUCGAUCUUAUUCCGGGAACAGCCCCUAUUGCUAGAGCCCCUUACCGUUUAGCGCCAUCCGAGAUGCAAGAGUAG